AUGAGCAUUCCAUUGUUUUAAAUUAGCCCAUUACCAAAAAGCAUUUCAGUUUAAUCCAACAACUUUAAAAAUUGCAUAAAUGUUGGUUCAAGUCUAGAUUGUGCUUUGUUUAUAGGAAUAAUAGAGUAUCAUAUUAAAGUCAAUAAAGUAGAAGAGAUAAAAAGAAUUUAUGAGAAAGCAUAAGCGUAAAGUGUUGGAAAAAUUAAAACAAUUAUUUCAAAUUCUGAAAAUUAGCAAUAGCGAUUAGAAUAUAUUUUGAAAGAAUUUAAACAAACCACAGAAUUUUGUAAAAAUUUGGAUUAAAUGAUGGGGAAUUAUUUUAAAAAUAAAGGAAUCUCUAAUGAAAAAGAUAAGGAUAAAGAUUUAAAGAAUAAAGUUAAAAUACUAGAACAAGACUUUAACAUUAGAUUUUAUUUAUAUGAUUCAAAAAGCAAUCUUAAAAUCUAAGAUAUAGCAGCUACAACUAUUUAUAUAUACAGAUCUGACUCUAAUUUUUAUAUUCUCAUAAAUGCAUAGGUAAAUUUAAUUGCAUGCAGCAAAUGUAAUGGAUAGACAAAUUUACAAAAACUUAAAUGUAAUCAUAUGGCUUGUUUUUAAUGUAUAUAGAGUUAGUUUGAAGGAAAAAACAUUUCUAUUGUAUCAUUUCCUUGCUUUGUAAAAAAUUGUUAAUAGAAAAUUGAGAAAUCAUAUUACCUUUAAAUGAAAUUGCCUAAAAGUUUAGAUUAAAAAUAAUACAUUAAACAAGGUGAUAAUUCCAGCAAAUAAAGUCUUAAUCAAGUUGAAAAAAAGCAGGAAUCAUAUGAUAAUUGUGUAGAAGAGAAGAAUCAGAUAAAUUGCAUGAAUACACAACACAUUUUAACUUCCUCUAAAAGUGAGGAAACUUAAUUUGAUAAAAAUAUGAAUUAGGAAAAAGGGAAGCUAUAAAUCUAAGUAUCCUCUAAAUUAGAGAAAUAGUAGAAGGGAAAAUUUGAAUAAACAGAAUAACCCAUAUAACAUGAAAUUCUUAAUACUUUAGAAAAUAUUAAAAAAAAUUGCUAAAAUUAGAAAUAAGAGGAAAUUAAAGCUCAAAAAUAACUUCAUAAUAAAUAAUGCAGUCAUUGCUUAAAAGAGUGCAAAGAAGAAAUAUUUGAGGCAAGUUGUGGCCAUUGUUAUUGUCCAAAAUGUACUCAAAUUCUAACAUCUAAAAAUAAAUCAUAUACAUGCCUUCAUCCUAAAUGUAAUAAUAUUAAAAAAAUUGAUUACAAAUUAGAAACAAAAUGUGAUUAAUGUCAAGAUAUUAGGGAUAGAACAUUAUUAUUUACAAACUUUUGUGAUCAUUAAAUAUGUGUCUAAUGUUUAGAAGGCUUAGUAAAAAACAAGAGAAAUUAUAAGUGUCCAAUUUGUUUCAGUAAUUUACAAUCAAAAGAUAUUGAACUCUUUUUUGAAAAUUUAUAGUUUCAUAUCUAUGAAUAGGAGACAUAGAAAAAUUCUUUAAAAUAAGAUCAAUUUGAUUUUUAACAACAAAUACUAUAAGAACCAAACUACCCAAAAUAUUGUACUUUUUGUUUUAGCCCUUUUACAGAAUUCAAUCUUUAACAAUAAUUGUCCCAUUGCAAAAAUCCAUUACAUAUGAUAGGAGUAUGCUGUUCAAUCUUUCCUUUGGACUGUCCUUAAUGCUAAAUUCCAUCGUUAGAAAUUUCAAAAUGUAUAUAAAAUUAUUAUUUUAGAUUAAAUUAUUUUUGAAAUUAGAUAGUAUUUUGAGUAGAAUACUUUAUAUUGA